AUGACCACGACUACCCUUUCGAGGCGAGAGCCUGAUGCCUUUACCGUAACAAUCGACUGUGAUGCCGGCAAUGAAUAUGACGGGCGCAUGGGCUUGCGCAUAUCGGCAAUCUUUGUCAUCUUCUUCGGAUCCUUCAUGGGCUGCCUUGUUCCCCUCUUCCUGAACAAGCAAACUCGUUUCCAAGUUCCCAAGCUCGUCUUCUUCGUCAUCAAGUACUUUGGCUCAGGCGUCAUCAUCGCUACCGCUUUCAUCCAUCUCCUGGCCCCGUCCAUCGGUGCACUAUAUUCGCCAUGUCUCAACCCCGACAGCGUCAUCACACAAUAUCCCUGGCCGGAAGGAAUCUGCCUUAUGACCGUCUUCGCAAUGUUCUUUGUGGAGCUAUGCGUCUCCCAUCACAGGUCUUCAGACAUUGGCCAAGAUCGUAAUUUUCACAGCGCCGGCGGCAGAGACCUAGCCAUGGAUCUGAUGAAGAGGAGGGAUCAAGAAAAUGAAGCUGAGCUCGGCACAAUAGAGAGUCGGAAUCUCGGUGCAGACAAGCCAGACGAACUCGCUGCUCACCUGAGUGCUCUAUUUAUACUCGAAUUUGGCAUCAUCUUCCACUCUAUCCUCAUUGGCAUAACCCUUGCCGUCUCUGGAGAUGAGUUUACCGUCCUCUAUGUCGUACUGGUCUUCCAUCAGACCUUUGAGGGUCUCGGCUUAGGCUCCCGCCUUGCCAUCGCGGCUUGGCCAUCAGGCAAGGAGUGGCUGCCCUACUUUCUCAGUGCGAUAUACGCACUCUCUACACCUAUUGCUAUCGCUGCUGGGCUUGGUGUACGCAACUCGAUCACGCCUGGUACAAAUUCGUCUCUGGUGGUAAUGGGUGUUUUCGAUGCCCUCUCAGCUGGGAUUCUGCUCUAUACAGGACUCAUCGGCCUGAUCGCCCACGAAUUUUUCACUGGCAGUGCGAGCAAGGGCCAGAGCAUGAUGAGAUUCAUGGCUUUCGGAUGCAUGUGUGUUGGAGCGGGAGUCAUGGCCUUGUUAGGCUACUGGGCUUGA